AUGGUGCAGAAGCUCGCCGAAACAAUGUCCAAACAAGUUUCCCACUUCAAUAAAGCCGAGGUGGGGUGUCUUAUCAGAGACUUUCAUGUUUUGUUGGAGGACACACGGACAGUGAGUGGCUUGGACAGAUGGAAAGUAAGAAGCAUUCUGCACAACACCUUUGGACUCACAAACGACACCAUCAUGGAUGCAGUAUUCCGGACAUUUGACAAAGACAACGACGGUUUUAUUGGAAUUGGAGAGUGGAUUGACGGACUAUCGAUUUUUCUUCGCGGCACCUUGGACGAAAGAAUAAAAUACUGCUUUCAGGUGUACGAUUUGAACGGUGACCACUACAUCACCAGGGAGGAGAUAUUACAAAUGCUGAGGUAUAGCCUCAGACUGCCUGGGGAAGAGGACCCUUACGACGGAAUCAAAGAUCUGGUGGAAAUCACACUCAAGAGGAUGGACCACGACCACGAUGACAGGCUGUCCUUUGAGGAUUUUGAGAGGUCAGUGAAGGAAGUCAAUCAUGUGCUGGAGGCUUUUGGGACGUGCCUGCCCAACACCAUCAGGAUUGAGGCAUUUGAGCAGCGUGUAUUUCAAGUUCAAGCAAAACACUGAUCAUACAGUACUUCAUAUUCAUGCUUUUAUUCUGUGCAACAUAGUUGUUGUUUUCAUGGUUUAGUUGCGAUCACGUCUUUCUCUUUGUUGCGGUUGCCAACAGGGACAAACGCAAACCCUCAAAACACGUGCAAUAUAGGGAAAACACAAUUAAUUAAAUCGGUAGCUCAAAAUUAUUGUUUUGAAAAAAGUACCUUUUUCCUCCGCCAACUUUUUUUCUUGGCAUCCUUCUCAUGUACAGUGCAUCCGGAAAGUAUUUACAGCGCUUCACGUUUUUCACAUUUUGUUAUGUUACAGCAGAGCUGGGUAAAUAUUUUGAUUCGGGGGCCACAUUGAGAUAAAAAUUGUGUCUGGGGGGGGCAAAUAUGUAUGUGUGUAUAAAUGAUAUAUGCACAUUUAGCUGUAAAACUCUGAUGUACAGUAUUUGUAUUUGGGUCCCUAUUUUUCAGAGAUAGUGUACCAAAAUCACAAUGUCCGAUAGAAUUCUAAAAACGUUAUGACAGACCACCUCGAAAAAACGGAAUGGAAUUUUACAGUUUUUUACUGAAUGGGUCACCCAACAUGUACAUCAAAAUUAAGAAAGUGGGAUUUACAAUAUUAACUACGGACAAUAGAACACUGAAUAUUACCAACAUAUGAACAUCGCUCCUCUUUUACUUCUCAGACAAGCUCCUGGAUAGACAUAUUUUACAAUCAAGCAAAACACGACAAAAAUGUAACAAACAGCAAAAUAUGAAUGCAAAGGGUAAUAAACACCUUCAAUAUGAUAUAUUAUCACUUUAUUGCAGACAUUUGUUGUAAAAAUAUCUCUGUUCCAAACACAUGCGUUUCAAGCUGGCUGCUCUUAAAACAAACCCCGCCCACUCUGCUUUGUUACUUGUCUGAGCUGCUGUGACGUAUAUUACAAUAAUAACUCCUUUAAAGGCCUACUGAAACCCUCUGCUACCCACCACGCAGUCUGAUAGUUUAUAUAUCAAUUUUAAAUUUCCCGGGACUUUUUUCUUGAAAACGUCGCGUAAUGAUGACGUAUACGCUUGACGUCACGGGCUGUUAUUAAUAUGAGCACUGCACACACACACAGCUAAAAGUCCUCUGCUUUAACCGCAUAAUUACACAGUAUUUUGGACAUCUGUGUUGCUGAAUCUUUUGCAAUUUGUUUAAUUAAUAUUGGCGAAGUCAAAGUAGAAAGACGGAGUUGGGAAGCUUUAGCCUUUAGCCACACAAACACACGGUGAUUCCUUGUUUAAAAUUCCUGGAGGUGAAACUUUCUUAUGGAUCAGAGCGGACAUGGAUCCCGACUACAUGUCAACCAGCAGUUUUCGGUGAGGAAAUUGUGGUUAAAAAGUCGCCACUUACCAGAUAUCAGCUGAGCUUGCGCCUCCCGUACAGAUGCCGGCGACUUCCCCGAGACACUGCACGUCAAUACCCGGCCGUGGACGUACACCUCUAACUAUCAGGUACUGUUAAACUCACUAAAACACUAGCAACACAAUAGAAAGAUAAGGGAUUUUCCAGAAUGUUCCUAGUGAAUGUCUCUAAAAACAUAUGAGUCCGUCUCAAUGCAACGCGAUUGAAAUCACGUUUUGUUUUUUGUUUUUUUCCUAGUCCUUCACAAUCAAUAUCCUCAAACACGAAUCUUUCAGCCUCGCUCAAAUUAAUGGGGAAAUUGUCGUUUUCUCGGUCGGAAUAGCUGUUUUUGUUGGAGGCUCCCAUUAAAAUCUAUGUGACUAUGUGAAGAGCCAUCAACAUGUGACUUCCGGUAGAGGCUGGGCUUUUUCUCCAGUUGCGAACUUUAUCGUGGAUGUUCUGUACUAAAUCCAUCCAUCCAUCCAUUUUCUACCGCUUAUUCCCUUUUUUGGGGUCGCGGGGGGCGCUGGCGCCUAUCUCAGCUACAAUCGGGCGGAAGGCGGGGUACACCCUGGACAAGUCGCCACGUCAUCGCAGGGCCAACACAGAUAGACAGACAACACUCGCACUCACAUUCACACACUAGGGCCAAUUUAGUGUUGCCAAUCAACCUAUCCCCAGGUGCAUGUCUUUGGAGGUGGGAGGAAGCCGGAGUACCCGGAGGGAACCCACGCAUUCACGGGGAGGACAUGCAAACUCCACACAGAAAGAUCCCGAGCCUGGGAUUGAACCCAGUACUGCAGGACCUUCGUAUUGUGAGGCAGACGCACUAACCCCUCUGCCACCGUGAAGCCCUGUACUAAAUCCUUUCAGUAAAAAUAUGGCAAUAUCACGAAAUGAUCAAGUAUGACACAUAGAAUGGACCUGCUAUCCCCGUUUAAAUAAGAAAAUCUCAUUUCAGGAGGCCUUUAACACUUAAAAGCGCAGAUGUCAACCAUUGAAAUACUUUCUAUAAAUCAAGACUUACGGUAAUUUAAAAACAACACUGCACAUCAUAAUGGCAGCUACAGUUUUGAUGUUAAAGCAUAUUUGCCAACCCUACCUACCGGAUCAAUACUUUGAUGAUGCACCUUUGGGAGCGAUUAC